CGUCAGGCCCCAGGAAGGUGCGGUCGGGCUGCACAGCCCGAGUAAGUGGCCCGCGGAGCUGCAGCGAGAGGCCAGCUCCUCUGCCAGACGGAGACGGUGCGGCCGGGGGAGCACUGGCCACCGUCAUGCCCUCCACGUCUCCCGCGGGGCCCUCGGCCGGGGCAGCCCCCAACGCCACAGUGGCGGCGGCGGCGGGGGCGUGGACCAACGUCAGCCUGCCGGAGAUGCCCCUGUUCCACCGGUUUGCACAGCUGGACGAGCAGCUGCACGCCAGCUUCCCGGGCCUGUGGCUGGCGCUGAUGGCAGUGCACGGCGUCAUCUUCCUGGCAGGGAUGGUGCUCAACGGGCUGGCGCUCUACGUCUUCGGCUGCCGCACCCGGGCCAAGACGCCGUCGGUCGUCUAUACCAUCAACCUGGUGGUGACCGACCUGCUGGUGGGCCUGUCCCUGCCCACGCGCUUCGCCGUCUUCUACGGCGCCCGCGGCUGCCUGCGCUGCGCCCUGCCGCACGUCUUCGGCUACUUCCUCAACAUGCACUGCUCCAUCCUCUUCCUCAGCUGCAUCUGCGUGGAUCGCUACCUGGCCAUCGUGCGGCCCGGCGGCUCCCGCCGCUGGCGCCAGCCGGCCUGCGCCAGGGCCGUGUGUGCCUUCGUGUGGCUGGCGGCCGGCGCCGUGACCCUGUCCGUGCUGGGCGUGACGACCGCCGGCGGCCCCUGCUGCCGCAUCUUCGCGCUGACCGUCCUGGAGUUCCUGCUGCCGCUGCUGGUCAUCAGCGUGUUCACCGGGCGCAUCGUGUGCGCGCUGUCACGGCCCGGCCUGCUGCACCAGGGUCGCCAGCGCCGCGUGCGGGCCAUGCAGCUGCUGCUCACCGUGCUGGUCAUCUUCCUCGUGUGCUUCACACCCUUCCACGCUCGCCAGGUGGCCGUGGCUCUGUGGCCCGGCGUGCCACACCACGCCAGCCUCGUGGCCUAUCACGUGGCUGUGACCCUCAGCAGCCUCAACAGCUGCAUGGACCCAAUCGUCUACUGCUUCGUCACCAGCAGCUUCCAGACCACCGUCCGCAGCCUCUGUGGCCAGCGUGAAGCAGAGUGCGAGCCCAACGGCUGCGACGUGGUCAGCGUCCACAAGAGCUCCAAGGGCUCAGCCCACCAUCACAUCCUCGGGGCCAGAGCUCAGGCCGUCACACAGGCCCUGCCUAACGGGCCUGAUGCUUAGUCGGCAGGACGCUGCAAGGGGGCCAAAGGUCAGGACCAGGCUGGGCAGGCCAGGUCAGGGACAGCACAGAUACCUGCUCUACUAGAGUGGCAGAUUGGGUUCACCUUGAUCGGUUGGUGAUGGCUGCCCAGUGCCCUGCCUGGACAUAGGGUCAAAGGCCACUGUGCUGUGAUUGACUGGCAAUGUCUGCCACAGGCUCUAGAGAGGACGUGGCGGACUGAAUGCUGGUUAUUUGCCAUCCCUAGGGUAUAUGUCGGAGAAGGCAAUGGCACCCCACUCCAGUACUCUUGCCUGGAAAAUCCCAUGGAUGGAGGAGCCUGGUAGGCUGCAGUCCAUGGGGUUGCUGAAGGUCGGACACGACUGAGGGACUU